AUGUUGAUAUGUUUUGUUAUCAGAACCAUAAUUCCUUAUCAAGGCUGCACACGAUUGUGGAGAACGUCACACAGGUCUCCAUGCAACAUGUCAUGGUUAUACAUUCCUAUAUGUGUCCGUCUUAGAUCGAAACAUGAAACAGAAACAUACUCGGGAAUACACUUGGUUUAUGUCGAUAACGAGAUUGUAGUUGAUGAAAGAACACAUUUCAUUUACCAUGGUUCGGACAUAUCAGACUAUCAGAUCUAUGUCUCCACUCCACAAUUGGGAUCCCACGAGGUGAUACGUUGGUAUGAAGUGAGUCAGGUAUACACUCGGCCAGUUUUUAGUUCUCAUAAGGAUCCACUUUAUGACUGUCUCAAAUUUGCUUUGGAAAACGGCUUUAACCUUUUUCCUUUGAACACAUUUAAAGGUAAUUCUCUCGUAGAAUCAGUACAGUUGGUUGAGCUAAGUCUCAAACAGAUCUUCAAUGCGGAAACAAAAAAUGACUUUUCUCCUUUCACGUAUUCGAGACCGAACUCAGACUUUGUCACUGUAAGGUCGUUUCCAUUCAGCGAAUCAAAUGCGAGUAUGUUCGCUGACUUCAGAUCGACCGGAAGCGUAGCUUUGCUGCUUGAAAGUAAUGGCAAAAAUUAUGGCUGCUUGAGUGAUUUAAGGUAUUUAGACAAUAUGGCUGGGGGCGUUGUCACUUUGGCAGACAAUUCGGUGACAGGAUUGGUACUCGGAAAUUUAAGAAAGCUCAAUGGUGACGGCGACUUGACCGUAUUCCUAUCUUGGGAAUCAAUUUUGUCUCGACUCUCUUUGCAUGUUAAGCCAAAUCGUAACCUCCUCCGCCUAAGUGGUGAAUCUGACAAGAUGUCUCCAGUAAUGCUCGUCCGCAUAAAGAAGGGUAGUGAGAGUAUCUCGUGGGGUUCUUGCGUGAAAUUAACCGAUCUGGUCAUUGUCACGAAUCUACAUGUCGUUAGACCUCUCCUAGAAGAAAAAGGUGUUAUCGGCGAAAUAGUAGCUCAUAAUUCAGCUAUUACUGUUGAAUAUUCUGAUGUGAAGGUCCCCUUUAAUGAACUAGAUCUAGCUUUUAUCAUGCUUUCUGACACCAUGAAUUCAAUGCUACUGUUCGUAGCUCCAGCAAUAAUUGGUAGCAGUCUGUUUGCUUCUGAAAACAAGCUCGUCACUUCUGUAGGGUACGGACUUUUUAUGAACAGCAAGAUCCCCCUUCCAUUAUCCUCUCGUGGGUAUAUCUCUGCUCUCAAGACUACAUAUGCCUUCCGUCUGGAUGCAAUGAUACCAACUAUGACUAUAUCCUCCUCAUCAUGCUGGAACGGUUCUUCUGGAGGUGGGAUAUUCAAUGUUAGAGGAGAGCUUAUUGGUAUUAUCUGUAGCAAUGCUCAAGUGUACAUCCCCUCCAUUGAAUCAAAAAAAAUGAGCGGUACCGAAAAGGUCUCACUGUUUUGCCUCUCAAUUCCUAUUGAGCUAGUAUUGAAAUGCUUGCGCAUAGUUGAUCAAUCACUUGACGCAAGUCUUCAACAGAAUGCAAAAGACCUCUGGAACCUAGAAACACGUACUACAGAUAUAUAUGAUAGAGAUCUGAAAUUAUAA